AUGACCGAGGUACUCCGGGGCACCCGUGCGGUCGAGUCGAUUCUCGAUACAGAGCGGUUCAAGGACCGCAAGAUGACCUUCUGGCACGGGAUGGUGAUAAAGAAAACAUCAAAGUACAGGAUCGACAAUAUCGGCGUCGAAAUGUUACCCAACCGGUGUCGCUCGUGCAUCGACAUCGCAGAGCGACACAUUCGCGAAUCUGACGCGACAACAACGAGCGGUGAGGCCGAUCUAGACACUCCGGGGUCCUCUUCAGACGAAGCGACGAUGGCCAGCCCUGAGGAGGUUGCCAUCGUGUUCGAUAUGUUCAACUCCGUUCCCGAGGUGACCAGUCUCGACUCCAUCUACAAGAAGCAGCUAUUCCGUGAAUUCCAGUUAAGGCACUUCGCUGCAGGGAGCACCAUAUUCCGGCAAUGGGAACACCAAGACAAGAUCUGCGUCAUUCUCCGAGGAAGGGUGCACCUCACGUCCAAGCACAGCGGGGUUUUGUUUCAAGCCGGGACCUGCAACGUUGGCGAGGUGAUUGGGAGCAUCGAGCCCAUCGUAGGGAUGCUGACAGCGAGGUGCGAAGCCUACACGACCGUGCUCUGUUUGGGAUCGGACAGUUUCGCGGCGGUCGUGAACGAUUCAGUCUGCGCCGAGCGUGUCGCAAAGAAGGCGUUCCUGAAGUGUAGCGCCGUGUUCUCCACUCUCAACGACGACGACCUCAACACCGUGGAGACGCUGUUCACGACGGUCACCCUGCACGACAACCAGGUCAUCUGUAAGGAGGGCUCUCGCGUCGAUCACGUCUACGUCGUGAAGCGGGGGUUCCUUCGGAUCCUCAAGGCGUUCCUCCCGGAAGAAGAUGACGACAGCCGCUCUGCACCUCCUCCAUAUGCCUCGACGGCCGCCGCCGGGGCAGCCUCUGCGCGCAGAUCCAGCUCGGCAGACGUCGAGACUCGGCUGAAGCACUUCGACCUUGGAGAGAUCGGGCCCAAGGACAUGCUGGGAGAGAACGGUAUGCUGAAGCACUUGGACACGUCGUCGGCGUUCUCGACGACGCCCCCUCCGGCUGCGACGGAAACUGUCGCGCUACCGGCGAUAGCGAGCAGCCAAGAGGACGCACAACAUCUCUCGCAGCCAACCGAGACUCCUGGUGACACCACCGAUCAUGGCGCUAGUACUCCAGACUGGGAUACUGGAGACGCGAGCCCCCCUUCCGCCGACGCCGCAACGGAUAGGGCUGGGUCAUCUCGUGUAGCUACCAUAGGUCCGAGAAAACCCGCCUAUAUCAUCUCUGCUGCUGCUUCUGGGGGAACGGCGGAAGUCUACGUUGCCAAUGUGUACGACCUGAAGAAGCUGCAGACGGAUAGCUUCCGCUACUGUUGGAAGACCGCCCAAAGGCUGCACCAAGCCAGGGCGCAAGCUUGGGGAGUCGAAGCUUUGGCUCAGCAGUUGCGGAGGCAGAACGAAUGGGAUGCCCGGAAACGCGGAGUUUUGUCGCAAAUUUGA